UCCGAAUCAGUUUUUAGGGUUAUCUGAUUUCGUGAACUGGCGAUAACUUCUCUUCGGCGUGUUAAUGGGUGAGCAAAUGGCGAAGAGAUACACAUGGGUUUUGCUAAAGUUCUCUUCUUUGCAAGACGAGAGAUGCUACUCAGGAGUCAUGGUUACUUGUCCUUGCGAAUCUUUGCCUUCAGGAUGGAAAAGAUAAGUUGAAUUUAGCCUCACUCUUGUGAAUUAGGGUUGGGGCAAAUCAAGCCAAGUAUUGGGUAUCUGUUUUCAUAUACUCCGACUCUUUGCUUGGUUCUUUUUUGUUGACGAUUGCAAGCAAUUCUUGGGACAGUCAGCUUUUCGGUUACUUUUCUUAAAUUUUGAUUCCUCAGAGGUCAGAGCUAUGAAAAGAUUUGAUCUUUGUGGUCAUUAGCGCUUGUCGUAUGACAUUUGAGCCUUAUAGUGUAGAAUCUCUAUAUCUGUUUGAGUACAUUUUUGUGCAAAGUUUGGAUUUUUAUUUGUUUAUUGCUCUUUAUGAUUUAGAUCACUUUGACAUGAUGCGGCAAAUUUGUCUCCUUUUCUGUUUUUUGAUGUAAAGAAUUGGGGUUGUAAAAAGUUUGUGUCACUUACAUGAGAAGGAUGAAGGAUUUCUAGUGAAUAACAAACUUACUAUCCUCGCUGAAUUAGACGAUCUUCCAGCUAUUGUUUUACCAGCAUAACCUGUGAAGAUUACUGAUCCUCUGAGCAGAAAAGGAGGAAAUCAAGCUUUUGAUGCAUCUGUCAGUAAAUCUCAGAGAGAAUCCUCAAGUCAAGUGGUGCAAAAAAAAUGAGAUUGCAGUGGAUUUCCAGAGAAUGUAGACUAUGAUGUCUCUCAAAACAAUCCUGGUGUCGAUACAAGUCAAGAGGUUUUAAGUGAUGAUGAUGGAUCUGAUCAAGAGGGUUCGUAUCGGAAUGAUGAUGAUGAUGGCGAGAUCUGAAGAGGUGUCAGAUGAUGAUGAUGAUGCAUCUGAAGAGGGCUCAGCUGGUGAUGAUAUACAUCUGAAGAGGGUCCAAAUGAUGAUGAUGCUUCAUCUCCCAUUCUUCUAGAAAUUGGUGAUACAGGACGUACAAAUGUGGCAUCUUUCAAUGAUUUGCUCAAGGAAAUUAAACAAGUAGAGGAAACCAUGGAUGUUAAUGGUUUUCAGGUUUUUUCUUCACAGAGUAUCAAGUCACGAGGGGAAAAGACUGUUCCCAUUCUUCGAGACUCAUGCAUCUUCGUCAUAUAUCUAUACGUUUGCAGGUAGAGUUCUCUCAAAAGACUGAACUCCCUAGCCGACUCUGCAAGAUUUGAGCUCAAGAGAUUGAUUCCUUUUGUCCAGAUGGAGGACUGGAGUGAUUACUAUGAUUUUUAUGAUGAGGGUUGGGAUCUUGAUUACCACAGCAGUGAUGGCGGGGAUUUCGAUUAUGUUCAUGAUACUUAUGGAGAGGGCAUAAGUGAUUACUAUUCAUAUGAACAAGAUUGGGAUUUUAAUUUUACUUUUGCAGAAAACCUGAGUGAUUGCUAUGCAAAUGAAGUGGAUUCAGAGCAUGAUGAUACUUCUGAAGAGGACACAAUUGAAAGCUAUGAAUCUGAAGAAGACACAACUGAAAGCUACGAAUCUGAAGAGGACACAAGUGAAAGCUAUGAAUCUGAAGAGGACACACGUGAAAGCUACGAAUCUGAAGAUCAGGACACAAGUGAAAGCUACGAAUCUGAUGAGGAUUCUGAUCAUGAUGAUGAUGCUCAUGCAGACGGUUUAAGUGAUUGCUAUCCAUAUGAAGAGUGGGGUUAUGAAGACACCAAUGAUUGCUAUGGAUAUGAAGAGGAUUCUGGUCAUGAUGAUGAUUGCUAUUCUUAUGAAAACUGGGAUUAUGACGGCAAUUAUUCAGAAGAUUGCUACGGAUAUGAAGAGGAUUGGGAUCAUGUUGAAUAGGGUUACAUGAAAAGCUAGCUUUAGCAACAGAUGAAGUAGCUGGAUUUGGAUAUUGAAGCCAAGCUACGUACAGAAGGAAAUUAAAAGUGUACGUUCAAGUUUUCAGGGUUUUUGUGUUCAAGUUUUUUUGGCUUUUUAUGAUGUAAAAGGAUGGUAUAUGUUGAAGUUGAUGAGAGGAAGGGAUAUGUUGGGUUUUUCA